AUGCGAUCACGUGCCACGGGCUUUUAUCCAUUGUCGUCAACUGGGCGUGCUUCCAGCGUAAUUAAUGGACAAACGGUUCCAGACACGGCAAUAAGAGAGAUUGGUGGGUUCGAUCCGGGCGAUGUGCCAGGUUCGGCGGUAAACGAUCUCCGAAAGUAUCAUGUCGAUCGUUCAAGAGACAAGCAAGUCACGGGGGGAGGGGGAACAGGAGUGGAGGUUGGUGAAAUCAGGGCCCCCCUUGGGCAGGGGCUGGUGAUAAGGAACUCGGACCCGCCCGAUCAGGUGAUCAGAGAAUCGAGUGUUUGGAAAACGGAGAUUCGUGACGACCGACUUGGACCGGACCGCUCGUCGCAAUGCUGGUUUCGGAACGGCCAUUACGUAAGUCAAAUGAGGGACGGACGGAGGCAGGCAGGCAGCUUGGCUUCGGCGGAGUCAGAAGAUAUUAAUGGGUCGGGAGGCUGGUUACUUCGACCCGUGCCACCUGCGCGCGUGCCCGAAAACAAGAAGUUCGUGAUCGAACGGCGCCUCCGGGUCGACAGGUGGCGCGUGGCCGCAGCCGAAGAGGUCUCGUCAACUCUUCUCCGUCGAGACGCUCCGGUCACCGCCGCUGCAGGCGAACAUCCAUCACCGACCGGUCGUCGUCGCACAACUUUGCACCACAGCUGCUGCCCCGGUGCCGGCCGAUCGACGACGGCAGAAGGUGUUGAUGCCUACGUUUACACUAACGGCCUUUGUGACGAUGGACCGGGACCCUGCAACGACCUCAGCUGGACAAAGGAAGCGACGAGCCGCCCCGGUCGUCCGGUCUGCGCCCGUCGUUGUCACCUGGCGACGAAAAAACUUGUCCUGCCUACCCGCUGGAUCGAUACGAUAUUCAUGAGCACCUAUGGAAAAACGCUUCAAAACCCGGACCAGCACUUUUCACUGCACUCAAGACUCCAGUUCCUGAAAAUGUCACCCGAAAAGAUCCUGGGUAUAAUCGACAUACUAAGCCUUUCUUGUAAGAUCCUAUCGUUGCAGAUUCAACCCAGCGACUGUCGUCUGUCGUCUGAAAGCAGGAUGACUCAAACCUGUCCUCCGAUGAUUCGCACGAACUACAGAACGAAACGGCACGACUGUGAACUGAAUAAACUGAAUGAGCUGCAGUUUAGGGUUAAGUAUACGGCGCUGGCGGCGGAACCUCGCCAGAUGAACGAGCGAUUUGAAUGGAAAUCCAGCCGAGGUUUGUUUACCGGUCUCGCCGUUAGUCACGACGACCAAGAGUUGAGUCAUUAG